GGGCGGUCCUGGGCGACGCGUCGCAGCCCCGGCGCGCACAAUGGCCCGAGCGGGUGGCGGAGCUGGAGCCCCACCCAGUGCGGAGCGCGCCGCGGCCCGCGCCGGAGGCUAAGCGCCUCGUCCGUCAAGCGCGCCGGCGCCGGGCCAUGUACUCGGGGAACCGUAGCGGCGGCCAGGGCCACUGGGAGGGCGGCGGGGCCGCGGGCGCCGAGGGGCUGGGACCGGCGGGGACGCUCAGCCCCGCGCCUCUCUUCAGCCCUGGCACGUACGAGCGCCUGGCUCUGCUGCUCGGCUCCAUCGGGCUGCUGGGCGUCGGCAACAACCUGCUGGUGCUCGUCCUCUACUACAAGUUCCAGCGGCUCCGCACUCCCACCCACCUCUUGCUGGUCAACAUCAGCCUCAGCGACCUGCUGGUUUCCCUCUUCGGGGUCACCUUUACCUUCGUGUCCUGCCUGAGGAACGGCUGGGUCUGGGACACCGUGGGCUGCGUGUGGGACGGGUUUAGCAGCAGCCUCUUCGGGAUUGUUUCCAUUACUACCCUAACUGUGCUGGCCUAUGAACGUUAUAUUCGUGUGGUCCAUGCCAGAGUGAUCAAUUUUUCCUGGGCCUGGAGGGCCAUUACCUACAUCUGGCUGUACUCACUGGCAUGGUCAGGAGCGCCUCUGCUGGGCUGGAACAGGUACAUCCUGGACGUACAUGGAUUAGGAUGCUCUGUGGACUGGAAAUCCAAGGAUGCCAACGACUCCUCCUUUGUGCUUUUCUUAUUUCUUGGCUGUCUGGUGGUGCCUCUGGGCGUCAUAGCCCAUUGCUAUGGCCAUAUUCUGUAUUCCAUUCGAAUGCUUCGUUGUGUUGAAGAUCUUCAGACAAUUCAAGUGAUUAAGAUUUUAAGAUAUGAAAAGAAAGUGGCAAAAAUGUGCUUUUUAAUGAUAUUUAUCUUCCUUAUCUUUUGGAUGCCUUAUAUCGUGAUCUCUUUCUUGGUGGUUAAUGGUUAUGGACACCUGGUCACUCCAACAGUAUCUAUUGUUUCAUAUCUCUUUGCUAAAUCAAGCACUGUAUAUAAUCCGAUUAUUUAUAUCAUCAUGAUCAGAAAGUUCCGAAGAUCUCUUUUGCAACUGCUAUGUUUCCGACUGCUGAGAUGUCAGAGGCCUGCUAAGGACCUACCAGCCAAUGGGAGUGAAAUGCAGAUCAGACCCAUUGUGAUGUCACAAAAAGAUGGGGACAGACCAAAGAAAAAAGUGACUUUUAAUUCUUCUUCCAUUAUUUUUAUCAUCACCAGUGAUGAAUCGCUAUCAGUCGAUGACAGUGACAAAACCAGUAUGUCAAAGGUUGAUGUAAUCCAAGUUCGUCCUUUAUAGGAGGGAAUAAUGGUAAUGAAAGAUGAGGCCUUAUACUGGAAACCACUUCUAGACUUCCAUUAUAAGCACUGUUUUGGAAUCCCCAUUCUAUGUAAUAUUUUGGGGGAGGAAAAACUUUCCUCUGCCCUAAAAGUUUCUUCUGCCUGGUGUAGGAAUAAAAUUGACAUGAGGCAGAUUAACAGGAGAAAAAAACCCCAAAAGUUUAAUUCUGCAUGCAUGGAGGCCCAAUAAUAAAACUGAGACCCAAAGAAAUGAGCAAGACAUGUAGCUUUUACACAUUUUAGACAACGACACAUAAAUCUAUAAGGAAUUGACAGGAUAGGAAAACUCAUGUUUGGGAGCUUCGAUCAGUAAAGAAUUCUAAAUGAGAUUUGGGCUGGGUAGUAAUUUAGUAAAAGUAACAAGGUUUAUUUAUGCAGGUUUUUUCAGCCCUCAGUUCUCUCUCUCUGAUGAUACAGAUGUCUCUCUACCCCCUGCUUUAGGGAGGUACUUGUCACAAGAGAUUUCCUGCUUUCAGGGGGACAAAGGAAGAUCAGACUGUCCUUUUUGCACUUGCUGUUUCUUAAGGAAGUUUAAUUCAAAAUUGUGGCAUAUUUUGGGGCAGCCUGCCCUGGGCUCCCACAAUAUCAACAGAACUUUUGUGGCUCAGCAGGAAAUCUGAAUUGCCUGUACACUUUCUAGCCUCUGGAAGCAACUGAGCAAGACAAUUGCUUUAAUUCAAUGGGUGCUUUCCAUAACGAAAAACUACUUAUGGCACAAGAUGGGCAUCUGGCACCAUCAACUUCUAACAUGUUGAAAAUUUUCAUUUUGAAUAUAUUUUUUUAAAUGACACUAUUUUCCAAGGCACAUAAUACAUUUUUCUCAAAAAUACUUAGCAGCUGUAUUCACAGCUCAAAAAUAGCUGUAAAAAAACUUUGUAUCAUACAUGUGUGAAAUCACUAGGAAAUCUCAAAUUUUCUGUAGUGUUGGAUCCUAAUCACAGUCACAUCCUCUGUUUGACCAAUCAAAUUUAUCAAAGAGACAAUUCCAGGGUGAAAAAGAAAAUCAGCACCCUGGCUUCCUCUGAAAAAGAAAAAAAAAAAAAAAGACUUGCUGUAUGCAGUAUGAUAUAGAGGAGCUUCAAGAUGAAUGUGCUGCUAAGCAAGCUCCAGAAGGAAUAUUAAAAAGCAACCCAGCAAAGAAAAGGUGGUGAAUUUCAAAGUAAUCAUGGAGGCUAGAGAAUCAUACAUUAGCAAGGGAUGUACAUGGAAAGGAUAUGUUGAUGGCCGAUAAGUAUUUCCAUCUGUUUCAUUUCAAACAUAACUUGGCAAGAUUAUCUUCUCUUCUUGACAAUUUGCCACAAUUUUGCCAAGAGUUUUGGGUUUAGAAAAGGAGUUCCAAGCAAAAAGUUAAACCUACAUUUGAAGGGGAUGAAAGUAGGUGUAAAACUGUACUCAUAAAAUGUAUUAUUUAAUCCUUUUUUCUCUUCAAUCAGUCUACUGGCUAAACAACGGUCAGUGUUAGUGAAGAUGCCAUUUUCCCAUGAGUCAUUGUUUAGACUACACACAGCUCAUUAGAACUCAAGGAUUUCUUUAACUAUAUAAAAAAGAAACUGAACCAUUUAAUUUUAUUGCCUAGUUUUUAUUUCUUAGAUGACUGUCCUACUGGUGUAGCAUCUUCAUGAUUAAUCAUGUUUGAAAGACUUCUGAGUGUUUUAGUUGCUCAACUGAAGAUGGAAGAACCAAAGAAAAUGUUUUCACUAAAAGAACUUUUCAAAAUCAAGUUUAUCGCUGGUUAGUAAACUGCUUCUUGAGAGUCUCAAAUGGAAUAAUUUCUAUGAAAACUGUCUUCCCUUAUUUCCUUUCCACUCUGUUGUAGAUAUCAAUGUUUAAUUUGUAAAUAAAACUCUUCUUAUUCUUCACUUAGUAUGGCA